GUGGUCCAUCGAUGCUUCUACCCCAUGGUCCCCAUCAACUUCGCAGCCUCAAUCUUUAGGAAACACAGGUAAAGAGUGAUGCUUAAGUAGCUAUCAGUACUGUUCCUGGUGUGCAGGGUGCGACAAAGGGUUUAGUGUGUCAGCAGGGAAGAAUGGGUUUUGGUCACCAUGGUAACCCCAUCAGCAGCGAGAGCUAUAGCCCUUGUCAGCCUGCUGGCUAGUGCUGGCUAUCAAAGAGACUUGAGAGGACGAAUACGAGAGUGAAAGUUGUAAAGGUUGAGAUCAGAAAAAGAAAAGCACAUCAUUUCAAAAGAAAGUAAAACCUUGCUUAGUGAUGAUUCUUCAUGUAUCUAUAAUGUCCAUGACAGGGCAAUCAUUGCUGCUCCUUAACACUUUUUCUUUUCUUUAAUUAUGUAUAAAGAAAUAAAGAAAGAAAGAAAAAGAAUGAGAAUUCUAUUCUUUAAAACACUAUAAUAUCUCUCUACAGCAAGCAAAAAAGAAUUGUUUACCGUGCCUGAGUUCAGUUUUAAAUAGUAUCAUAUUCAUGGCAUUUUCAUCACCUCAUACCAUGCCUGAAAAUCCCAUUGAUUUCCGUGCCCCGCCUCCAUCUCCGAUCGCCUCUGGCCGGAGAUCAUCCGUGGCCAAUGAUGAUGUGCUUACUGAAUUUCUUGAGCACUCACUGCGUGUGCCGGAUUUAGUUUUGCCAGAUAAGAUCUUCCCUAGGCAAAAGAUUGUUGAAACACCCCCCAGAAUCGAUUUCCAAUCAUUACAUUCUGCAGAAAGUGAUUCAAUUUCCAGGAUUUUGGAUUCCCUUGAAAGGAUUGGAUGCUUUCAACUGGUUAAUUAUGGAAUUCCAAGUGAUUUUACAAGAUUGGUGCUGGCCAUGGCUGCCGGAAUAUUUAGGGUGCCACCAGAGAAAAGGGUGGCUGUGACAAGGUCCCUGGAAAAGCCAUAUGGGUUCGAGGAAGUGCAUGGAGAGGAGGAAAGCGAAUUGAGUGAAGAGUUCGUGUGGUGUAGAGAUGAGAAGUUGAAGGUAGAUAUGGAGGAAAUACACGCAGCUGGAUAUUCAAAUUUCAGUGAGAAAAUGGAAACUCUUGUAUCUGAUAUGGAAAAUGUAGCGGAGAAAAUUCUACAAGUUCUCAGAGAAAAUUCUCAGAAAAAGACAACGUAUGGGGAAGAUAUUAUGCAGGGGCUAGAUCUUGUUGGAUCAGUAUGUUAUCUUUACAAGCAUAAACAUGAUCAUAGAGCUAACUCCUUAGGAUAUGAUGUGAUCAGAAUGCUGAUAAGGGGAAUUGAUUAUUCUCAUGCCUUGUGCUUGCACAUAUGCGAUGGGUCUUCAGAGUUUCAUGUUUACUCCAAAAAAGGAUGGGUGUCUUUCUCCCCGGAUAAAGAUGCAAUAGUCGUCACUGUUGGAGAUCAAACACAGACUCUGAGUGGUGGGCAAUACAAGCAUGUGUUGGGAAGGCCAAUCUUCAAAGGUGAGGAAGAGGACGCCAUUUCAAUGGCUUUUCUCUAUUCUCCUCCAAGCUUCACCAAAAGCAGCAGCAGCACCACCCCUACCAAAUCAGAAAUGGGAAAGACUAUUUCCCUUGGCCAACAAGUUAUAGUUGCAAUAAUUUUGACUCUUGUAUAUCAUUUUUUUGUUUAUAUUUAUAAGGAAGUUUGAUUUUGUGAA